GAGAGGAGCCGGUGAGACGUGCCGCCCGGAGGGCUGGGCUCAGCGUCCACCCCUGCUCGCCCGGGAGGACGGCCCAGGCCCGGGGGUGCGGCGAGCCGAGCCUCGGUGCUGCUAGCACCGGGAGAGCGCUUUGUGAUGAUGCCUGGCGCUUGCAGUUCUGUCCACGCCUGUCGAGGGGUCGCCGAUGGGGAAUGCGUGUCGUUUUAGACGUUCCGAAAGCCGGCAGGCUGUGAAGCAUCUGCAUCCACGCGGUCCUAGAAUUGCUUCCUGUUGAAGAGCGGCUCCUGGGUCCUGGGACCCUUUGAGGUCUUCAGCGUCACUUAGGUGAAAUUCUCUACCUCCAAGGAGAGCCGGGACCUGCUCUUCCUCCAGUGUGAGCUCUCCAGUGCUAUGGAUACCGAAUCCACCUACUCUGGAUAUUCUUACUAUUCAAGUCAUUCCAAAAAAUCUCACCGACAGGGGGAAAGAAAUCGAGAGAGGCAUAAAUCACCCCGGAGUAAGGAUGGCAGAGGAUCAGAAAAGUCUGUCACCAUUCAAGCUCCCACAGGAGAGCCCCUGCUCGCAAAUGACUCCAGCAGGACUGAGGAAGUCCAGGAUGACAACUGGGGUGAGACCACGACAGCCAUCACAGGCACCUCGGAGCACAGCAUCUCGCAGGAGGACAUCGCCCGCAUCAGCAAAGACUUGGAGGACAGUGUGGGGCUGGAUUGCAAGCGCUACCUGGGCCUCAUGGUGGCUGCAUUUCUGGGCCUCCUAGUUUUCUUCACCCCCAUCGCCUUCAUCUUGCUGCCCCCCAUCCUGUGGCGGGAUCAGCUGGAGCCUUGCGGCACAAUUUGUGAGGGACUCUUUAUUUCCGUGGCGUUCAAGCUCCUCAUCCUCCUCAUUGGCACCUGGGCCCUGUUUUUCCGCAAGCAGAGAGCAGAUGUGCCACGGGUGUUUGUGUUCCGUGCCCUUCUGCUGGUUCUCAUCUUCCUCUUCGUGGUUUCCUAUUGGCUUUUUUACGGGGUCCGGAUUUUAGACUCUCGGGACCGCAAUUACCAGGGCAUCGUGCAGUAUGCUGUGUCCCUGGUGGACGCCCUGCUCUUCAUCCAUUACCUGGCCAUCGUCCUGCUAGAGCUCCGCCAGCUGCAGCCCAUGUUCACGCUGCAAGUGGUUCGCUCCACAGAUGGCGAGUCCCGCUUCUAUAGCCUAGGACACCUGAGUAUUCAGCGAGCAGCAUUGGUGGUUCUAGAGAAUUACUAUAAAGAUUUCACCAUCUAUAACCCCAACCUCCUAACAGCGUCCAAAUUCCGAGCGGCCAAGCACAUGGCGGGUCUGAAAGUCUACAAUGUUGAUGGGCCCAGCAACAACGCCACGGGUCAGUCCCGGGCCAUGAUCGCUGCGGCUGCUCGGCGCAGAGACUCAAGCCACAAUGAGCUCUACUAUGAAGAGGCAGAGCACGAGCGGCGGGUGAAGAAGCGGAGAGCGAGGCUGGUUGUUGCAGUGGAGGAGGCUUUCAUCCACAUCCAGCGUCUGCAGGCCGAGGAGCAGCAGAAAGCCCCUGGGGAAGUGAUGGACCCCAGAGAGGCUGCACAGGCCAUCUUCCCCUCCAUGGCCCGGGCCCUGCAAAAGUACCUGCGCACCACGAGGCAGCAGCACUACCACAGCAUGGAGAGCAUUCUGCAGCACCUGGCCUUCUGCAUCACCAACAGCAUGACCCCAAAGGCCUUCCUCGAGCGUUACCUCAGCGCAGGCCCCACGCUGCAGUAUGACAAGGAGCGCUGGCUUUCCACACAGUGGCGGCUCGUGAGUGAUGAGGCUGUUACAAAUGGGCUGCGGAACGGCAGCGUGUUUGUCCUCAAGUGCUUGGACUUCAGCCUCGUGGUCAAUGUGAAGAAAAUCCCUUUCAUCGUCCUCUCCGAGGAGUUCAUAGACCCCAAGUCUCACAAAUUCGUUCUUCGCUUACAGUCGGAGACUUCAGUUUAAGGUUUUAUAUUUGUGGUUUUAUUAAAAAGAAAAGAAAAGAAUAUAUAAAGAUAUAUAUGUAUACCAGAGAGGCAUCUUUUUUUUUUAAUUCUUCAUUGUUGACUACAACUGGUGGAUGCUAGACCAGCACCCUUUGCCCAUCUGCACUUUAUUUGGAAGGAAGCAGGGGCUCCCCGCCCUGACCAAGAAGGCACUAAUGCCAUCGGCGUGCACAGACAGGCCGUCUCCGGCAGCCGUUCCCUGGCACGUCUGUGACAGCUGUAAACCAAAGCGGGAGUGCUGCUCCUCCAGAACCUCGCCUUCCACCUGCCUUUGUUCUGCCGUGUCCUCUGCGUCUGGCCCGUCCACUCAAGACUUGUAGGGGACACAUCUUUCUUGUGUUUCAGGAAACCAGACAUGACAUGUCUACAUACGUUUCUGUGUCUGUCAUUGUCCAGCAUAGUGUCCCCCACAGAGCCCUGGGCCAUUUGGGAGAUGCUUGCCUUCCUCUUUGUUCUUUGUUGCCUUAUGUUCUUCAGAGAAAAAUUACAGCCAGUGCGCACUGGCCAUUUAAGGCUUUUAAUGAUUCUGUUUUAUUUUCUUCCCAAAGAGAAAAACCACCUGCCCUGGUUCUGGCCUGCUUCCCCACUGGCUUGCCUGGAUGGUCCCCACCUCAGCCUGUGACUGCCCACCAGUGUCACAGUGUCCCCUUGGCUGGCAGCCUAGCCUGGGAAGCCCAGGCCACAGAGCCACCUGGGACGUGUUCUCCAAGCCACAGUUUGGCUGUGACUCUUCAGCAGGGUCGUGCAGGCCAGCUAGGAUGGCCCCUCACAGCUUGCACCACCAGGGAAAGCCUGGCCUUCGCCCCUGGGAUUGGUGGGCUCAGGGAGAUGCCAUCUGCUUUCCCAGAGAUAAAGCCACACAGUGCUCACGGCCUGCCACAUCAGACCAAACUGCCCAGUGCGAUGCAGCUGUUGUCGGGUCCCUGGGUUUUCUGACCACCAUCACUGUGCCACUCUUCACAUCUGCCACUUAGAAGCAGAGAUGGAGCUCGCUGAGCCCUUAGGGUUAAAAUUUCUUGUAGUUGUUAAAAUGAAGAAACAGAAAAAGGCUGAACUGCAGAAUUGGGAUACUGGAAGGCAAAGCGCCAGGAGGCUUCAUCUGGGGUGAGUUUCUUAAAGGCAAGCUGGUUUGGGUAGGCUUACCCCAGCAGAACCAGCGCUGCACCAAGUGGAGUGGGGAGGAACUGAUCUGUCAUCGCCCUGCCCAAGUGUGGCAGUUACAGACCCACACCCAGGCACCCGUAGGGGACCAUCGUGCCUUUAUUUGCCUCUCUGUGUCCACAGCCUUUGGAGUCAUCACUCUUGCUUCCUAUGAGAUUUCAGUUCUCUUGUUUGAGUGAAGGAGGAGAGUAUCGAAACACUGCAUGUGCUUGUAGGCACCCUAUGUGUGCAGUGACCCAGGUCAGAAGCAUACUGCAGGGGGUAUGGGAUUCCUCCUUAAUGAAAUCUUAACUGACUGUGGACAUUGGUAUCUGAAGAGUAAAUGCCAUUCUUGAGUAAAAGGCCUUCAGCUCAAAGAGUGUCGGAAGAGGAGAAUGAACUAAUAAGUUCCUGUAGAGUGGAGCCAGGAUGUUCUUCUACACGGUUCCAUUACAAGAAGCACACAGGACGUUACCAUGGUGCGACCAGUCUUAGUUUUUGCUGUUAGGUCUCUUCAAACUGGACAUUCCUUAGUAUGAUUUUUUUUUUUUUCCUCAGGAAAUUUACUUUGGGAGAUAUGGCAAGGGAUGGUGGUUGUGUAUGAAGCUUUGUGUGUGAAGGUUGCAGUGUCCCAGACGAGAGGUGUCAGAUAUGACUAUCCAGCAGCUGGAGGUUCAGACCUGGAGAGUUAGCAGUGUUCUCAGCCACUGCCAGCUCCAGUCCAGACAGGAUUGGGUGGGACUUAUUGCUUGGGCACGUGCUUUCCCAGCAGGGCUGCAAAAGGUUCAAAUUAAGGAAUUUGUUCUCUUGCUACCCAUUUCUUUCCACUCCCAGUUUUUGCACAGGAGAGUGUCUGACUUUCUGAAAUUAUUGUCUCUGUUUUAAAUUGAAUACAAUUUCCCCCCCGCCCCACUGACUUGAGUGUUUUUUUUUCUUUAAGGAAUAACAAAAUAAGAUGCAGGGUUUUUGUGGAAAGCCUUUGCACUUUCAGACUCUACUGGCUUGAGUUACUGCUGCAGUGGGAACAAUGUAAAUGACAUUAACAACACCAGGAUUUCAGAAAGCUGCAUUAUGCAGUUGAACACAAUGCAUUUUUAUUUCAGUUCUGGGAGCCAAUAGGCUAUUCUUUUUAAAGGGGGGUAAACUGCCUAUGGCUUGUAGAUCAUACAGUAAGUUCAUAGUAGGCUGAAUUCCUUUUGCCUUAAAAGUUUAUAGAUUUUCUAUGACUUUCCAUGUUACUAAAAUGUGAACAUUAAAGGGUUGCAGACCUUAUUAGGGAGUGUGAGUCCUGAACUUGUUCUGCUUUGUACUGUUUUAACCAGUGAAAAGCGUUUGUUCUCUUUUAAUACCAGAACAAGUUUUAAUCUCAGAACUGAAUGUUAAGUUCUGCAUCCACCAGGCUGCAGUUUAGCUGUAGAGUGCUUGCUCUGCGUGUCUGGGGCCCUGGGUUCAGUCCCCAGCACUGUCCCAGCGCUGUCAAGUCUGCAUUCAUGAAGUUUGAAGACAUUCUAGGCUCAUAAAGCCUUUGCCUUAUCAUAAGUCAAAACACAUAACACUUUCGCUGAAGUCUCCCACAAGGCCUGCCCGUUCCCCUGCACUCAUCCCUUUUCUUUCCUCUCUUUCUGCACUUUCUCAAGUAAAAUUCUGGAUUACAAAUGGCUAGAGAGAGGUGGCAUGAGCUUGGGGACGGGAGCAGGCGGAGCUUUUAUGUUGUGUGUGCCAGUCUGUGGCUUGUGGCUGGCGCUUGAGACGCUGAGUGGGAAGGCCCUGUGGGGCGGGGACGGGAGCAGGCGCUCACAUCCCAUCCCUUCCCCUCCUUGCAUUUCCCUCUGGAGAUGAUACGCUUUGCCUUAGUUGUUGGCUGCGGCCCUGUGGCGAGUCCUUGGAGCUGAUAGAAAUGGAUUAUCUGUCUCUCCCUACUCUGGGAGCGUGAGAACUCCAGCCGCCUCCUGAAGCAACACAGUUGAACCCUUGCUUUCAUCUCUUCCCUCUGAGCUGCUGUCUAAGGCUUCCUAAGUGGGGCCACAGCUUGUGGGCUGCGCGGCUCCACAUCUGUUUGGUUGAAUGUAUAUUACGGGGUGGGUUGAGGAGCAUAGUGGCUUUGGUUCCUUGGCCAUCUCUUCCCUGUAGCAGAGGUGUCUGUUUCUCUGCAGGUAACUUACGUAUGUUUAGGUGGUGAGUGAGUGUGUGUGUGUGUGUGUGUUCCUAUGCAGGCCAGUGGAGUGAAUGAUUUCUUAAUUGCACCUGUCUCUUGCGCAGUCCCUUUAAUUACAUCUCCUCCCCUCAUUUAUUCCUUUUCCCCUACAUUGCACUGGCUUCUCCCUGGGACUAAUUGACUUUAGCCUGGAAGUAGCUCGUAGAGGAUCUGCUGUCCCGCAGAGAAGCCUAUUAGAUGCUUUUCUUGCCCCGGGACGGGCCCCUCUAACCCACAAACAACGUGAAUGGAAGGGAAGGUCAUGCCCUGUACCAACUGCUCCAACUCCACUAUCCUGAAGCCUUAUUUUGUAUUUCCAGACACCUCCUCACCAUUGAACUUCAUUUUAAAAAAUUGAUUUAGAAAUGUUAACAUAAUAUUUAAAUAGUCCUGCAGCAGAGACCCUGCAACUGUAAAGUGAUGUAAGUAAUUCUGGGUAGUUUUUGUACUUUUUGGAUUUUGUUACAAAAAAAAAUAAAUAGAUCACUACUGUGAAUUUACUAUUCUGUAACCUUGUGGUCAUAAUCUAUUAUAAAUAAAAUAUGAGUUCUUAAUCCCUUUA